AACGACAGUUUAAUUGAAUCUGUUAAGAAUGGAGACUUGUCUGGAGUAAAACAUGCUCUCUCAAGAGGAGCCAAUGUAAAUGCUACAGAUCUGAGAGGAUGGGCAGCUCUUCAUUAUGCAAGUUCUAAAGGAAAUAGAGAUAUCGUUGAAGUAUUAGUCAACCGUAAUGCUGAUAUGAAUGUUGUUAUUAAGGAAGGAUGUACCCCAGUCAUGUUAGCAGCAAAGAAUGGACAUAAAGAUGUUUUUUUUAUUUUAACAGAGAAAGGAGCUAAUCUGAACCUUGUUGACAAAAGUGGAUGGGCAGCUCUUCAUUAUGCAAGUUCUAAAGGAAAUAGAGAUAUUGUUGAAGUAUUAGUCAACCAUAAUGCUGAUAUGAAUGUUGUUAUUAAGGAUGGACAAACUGCUUUAUACAUAGCAUCUGAGAAAGGCUACAAUGAAUGCGUUCAGCUUCUUCUCAGUGCUAAUCCUUACAUUGCUGACCAG